AUGUCCAUCCAAGCUGCAAACGAAGUCCCGGGGUUCUCUUUGGGGUAUCGGGCCCCAGCGGACCCAGAUACAGACAAGACCGUCGUCGAGAUCGUCCAAGCUCGCAGCUACGCCAUCGAGACGCACAAAGUCACCACCUCGGAUCGAUACGUGCUCACCAUGUACCGACUUCCGAAGACUUACGCCGAGAGCCAAUCCGGCUCUGCUGCUGCUCCCAACAAGCCCGCAGUCCACCUGCAACACGGUCUGCUGGACAGCAGCUUCACGUUCAUCUCCAACUUCCGCAACAAAAGUCUCGCUUACGUGUUGGCCGACGCCGGCUUCGACGUCUGGCUCGUUCUGGGAUUUCACUUGGAGGACAUGGGUCUCUACGACCUGCCGGCGUUUGUGAACCACAUACUGGCCACCACUGGUCGCUCGACGGUGAGCUACGUGGGGCAUUCGGAGGGCACCACACAAGCGUUCGUGGGCUUCUCCGAGAACCAGGAAAUCGCACAGAAGGUUGACUACUUAGCUGCACUGGCACCAGUGGCUUGGACGGGUCACACUACCGCCGAGUACUUUGUGGCGUUAGCGAAAGAAAAUAUGGAUGAGAUGUUCCUCAACCUCGGCUUCACCAGCUUCCUACCGCACUGUAGUGGGGCGACGGUCUUCACGACCUGA